CUAGGGCUCAGGAUGGCGGGAAUAAACAGCGCACGAAGUUUAGGCGGGAAAACGAACAACAUAUCUCCACUGACCACUGGACGGGUAGUGAACCGCCGACCAUCCUGAUUCCGCUAAAGGCGAAAGACAGAGCGAUUAGGCGAUUCAGAACUUAGAAAUGGUGGGACCGCCUUACGAUUUUCUGGCGAAUCCUCUCGGUGUCGUGAGAUCCACGUUCGAGAAAGCGAUUGCUUCGAGCUCCGACCCUGCCUCAUUUGACGCCAAGGACUGGGGCGCCAUUGAUCUCUUCAGUCGUUUCCUCUUUGAUCAGCCUGGACUUUCUCGGGUUCCAGUUUUGACUCCUGCAACCCUCAGAUGGGUACAACCCAAUACUCUAGUUCGGUUUCGCGGAAUGAUACAAGACAUGCUUGGGAAUGAGCUUUAUGUGGGUGCUUAUAAGGAUGGUUCAGUGUGGAGGACCAACAAGUUUAUGGAUGUAGCUCAGUUUCCUAUGGGUUCCUCAGCAGAUAUGCGAAUCUGGGAACGGCGGCUACUAUACUGUGUUCCGGUUCCGGGGCAGAAUGAAUGGACUGAAAUUUCAACAGAAGCAUUUACUAAUCAAUAUAUGGAUUGGACAUUUCAACAAAGAGAAAAGAGGAGGCGGGCAGAUGAUGAAUCUGAUGAAUGCAAGGAUAUGCAUGUUUCAGCUGAUAUGAUUCAAGGCUCUCCAGAUACCAAAAAGAUGAGAGAAGAUGAACACCCUUCCCUUGCUACUGUAUCUCUGGGAGUUUUGCCUGAGACUUCUAGCUCUAGCAUGGAUAUGAUGCUUGGGUAUGAUGGUAAUUCACUUCCUUGUCUUGUGAAGGUAUAUGAUUCUCCAGAAUCUGACUUAAAGCUGAAUGAUGUAUUUGAGUUUGUUGGUGUCCUUGCUUCUAAUGUGGAGGCUCAGGUGGACAAUAAAGAUUGUGACUUUUCAGAUGAUUUUUGUGAAGACCCAUUGCAACAUUUUCCAGCUAACAAGGUACCACGCCUUCACUGCUUUAUUCACAGGAAGCUGGCAGUCUCAGACUUCCUUCAGAAUAACACCAUAAUAGAGCCAAAAUCCCACUUGAUCAAAGAGAUUAGGGAAGCUCUACUAAGACAUCUCACAUCUGUUCUUGGCAAUGAUGCUGUGGCUGCUCAUUUCUUGUUGCUACAUCUCCUAUCCAGGGUACAUGCUAGAGCGGACACUCUUGCAGUGGGCAAGCUUUCACUAAACCUUACUUGCUUUAGCAAAGAAACUAUGUCUACCUUUGGAAAUUUAUUAAUUCUUUCUGUAGAGAAUCUCUUGCCUUUCACACAUUAUAUGCCCCUCACUGUGGAGUACCUAAACACAACUGCACUUGCACCAAGGAAAGAUUAUGAUACAAACAGACUGGUUACUGGAGUACUGCAAUUAGCUGAAGGUUCACAUCUAAUUGUUGAUGAAACUAAAUUAGAGGCGGGAACCCUCAACUCUCUGGGUGUGGAGAAUGCAAGGCUGCUGAGAAAUUUGAUGGAGUUGCAAAAGCUGGAAUAUGAUUUCAAGUACUACAGAAUGGAAAUGGCUACUGAUGUUCAGCUGCUAGUUAUGUCAGAAGGGAAAUCAAAUAUAUUGCCCGCUGAUGUAGUUGUACCUUUCCGACCUUCUGUUGUAAAUGCUACUGAAGCAGUCGUUGGAGAAGCUUGGGACGCUUGGAGGUGGUAUUUGGCUACUGUUAGAUUACUUCCACAUUCUAUUGAAUCAGAAAUGCAGAAGGUGGUAGAAAAUGAUUUAGUUGCAGCAAGACAAGCGGAUAGGAGUUUGAAUCCCCAAGAUUUUAGCAGAUGGUUAACAAUGGGCCGUCUCAUGUCCUUGAGCUUUGGUGAGACCAGCCUGUCGCUAGAACAUUGGCAAAUGGUCAAGGAAUUGGAGAGGCUGCGAAGUGAGAGGUUAAAGUGAAGCAUUCUUUCUAACCAAUUAUGCAAGAUUUUGAACAUGGGUUAUGGGGUUGAACUGCUAAUUUCCGGUAGACAUUUGUAGAAAGGAUGGCCACCGGACGGCUUAUAAGAGUUUGGCUGUUAGACCUCACAACCUGAGUUGUCCAGCCAGUUUCUAUGCACCCUCGUAACGUGUAUAUUUUAACGUCGGCCUUUAAUUAAAAUCUUAAACUAAGUUAUGCAUUUGGUAAAAGUAACUUGAUACCGUUCUUGGGCUUUGUCCUUGGCAAAUUAGGUAAAUAGAUAAUAAAAAAGUUAUUAUUUAUUUGAAAA